CGGGAAACCCUCACGGGCACCGAGCUGGGGGCGGGGAGUGCUACUGGCUGGCUGGCCGGGGGCCCCGAGGCCGGACCGCAGAGCUGGGACCGGGAUGCCGGAGGCCGCGAAAUAUGGGGUUGGGACUGAGAAUGGAACCACCGGCCGAGGGCUGGAUCGGCCAGGGAGGAGCAAGGAGAGGCUUCAGAAACCUCUGUCCCGGGGCUGCAGGCUGGCCCGCUGCAGUCUGAGGCUCUGGCCCUUGGCGCUGUGCCUCCCAUUAGCACCUGAGUAUCUGAUCUCUGCUGCCUUCUCAGUCUGAGGGCCUAGAGUUUUCUCGGGUUUACUGUGCUUUCAGUUCUUCCACAGAGCUAUUUGUAAGCAAUGACUGCAUUACUUUUAAGAGGGGAAGGCUUUCACGAAGACUCCAGCUCUUUUUGUUUGUAUCCUUGGUCAAAAUCACUGGAAGGAGCCGCUCUGAAAUCCCCUCAGGCCUUUUUCACACCUGUUUCUCUCGUUCUCAGUGGAUCUCUUCUCAAGCCUGACUUGAGCCGCUGCCUCUUUGCCCCAUUAAGAAAAGUAGCCAUGGAGAACACUGAAAACUCAGUGGAUGCAAAAUCCAUGAAAGAUUUAGAAACAAAGAUCAUACACGGAAGCAAAUCAAUGGACUCCGGAAUAUCCUUGGAUAAUAGAUACAAAAUGGAUUAUCCUGAAAUGGGUUUAUGUAUAAUUAUUAAUAAUAAGAACUUUCAUAGAAGCACUGGUAUGUAUCUUACAUAAUUUUAAUGUUUUUCA